AUGGCCGACCUGGGCCUAUGGCUGGUGUGGGGAUACGCAGACAGUUUCAUCGGGUCAUUAACCGAAGACGUCAGUGUGAUGAAGAAGGCAGCUGCCAGCCAGGCCCCCCCAGGCCAGGCCCCCCCAGGCCAGGCCCCUCCUGGGCAGGAAGAUGACAUGGCGCCCCCUGGAGGAGACAUUUUCUUCGACUUAGUGUUGAUCAAGAGGAGGUCCAGGGUUCCUGGGGUGAUGAUCUCCCAGUAUGUGGAGGAAGUUCCAGCUGGGAUGUCCACCCCGGACUUCACACGCAAGCCCAUCGCUCUGACCAUCCAGGAAGGUAAACUAGCCUUCUUCAAGGCCAUGGUGAAAGGACAACCUGCCCCUACAGUCACCUGGACAAGAAACAAAGGAGAUCUCACAGACACAGAAAAGUACAUUUGCAGAUACGAUGACAGGAAUAAAGAGUACUUUCUUGAGAUGCCUAAUGUCACAGCAGAACAAGCUGACACCUACAAAUGUUUUGCAACAAAUGAAUAUGGACAGGCAGUUAGCACUGCCACUUUGAAUAUUAUUGAAGUUGGUUUCAAGAAAAACAAGCAAAAAGAAACCCAAAACGAAACAGCGGACUUCAGAAAAAUGCUCAAGAAAAAAGUUGUGCGUGCUAAACCGCUUCCCCCGAAGAAGGAAGGAGAGAUCGACCCAAAGUUCUGGGAGGUUCUUCUGAGUUCAGCCAAGAAGGAUUAUGAAAAAGUCUGUAAUGAGUUUGGCGUUACGGACUUCCGCUGGAUGCUGAAAACUCUGAACAUGAUGAAGAAGGAGAGAGAGGAGGAGCAGGCUAAGCUAGUCAAAGACCUGGGCAACGUGAAGCAGAUAGAGGUCAAACCUAAUGGAAGAGCUGAGUUUGAGCUGGACAUGGAACUGAAGGAUCCCAACAGUAAAGUCUACCUGUUUAAGGAUGGUGUCAUGCUUGAUUAUGAUAACGAUGACAAAUCAAAGCAUAAACUGGAGCAGGUUGGGAAGAAGUAUGUGUUCAGCAUCAAAGACCUGACUCCGGAGGACGCCGGCCUGUACCAGGUGGACGUGGAGAACACCAACAUGUUCUCCACAGACUUCAAGAUUGUAGCAGCAGAGUUCGCUGGGAAGAUCCAAGACGUGACAGCCAAGGAAGGAGAGGACGCCAUCUACGAGUGCACCCUGUCUCAGCCCUGCCCUCAGAUCGUCUGGUUUGGGAACAGCGUCACCCUCGAGAAGGGGGACAAGUAUGACAUCACGGUCUCGGAGGACCAGCUCGUUCACACCUUGAGGGUGCGGAACUGUAAGCUGGAAGACAAGGGUGUCUACAUGGCCCUUGCUGGGAUCACUUCCUGCAGCGCGUCCCUCACAGUUCAAGCGGGGGACGGGACCGGCCAGAAGACAGCGGGCGGAGAGGGAGGAGGAGAUGGAGGAGAUGGAAAGGAUGGAGGAGAUGGAGAUGGAGGAGAUGGGAAGAAUAAGAAGCGGAUCAGAACUGGGCCUUUACUUCCUGACACAGCGAUAGAUCCUGGUGUCCAGUUCAUCAGUGGUCUGUCCGACACUGCUGCCACACUUGGAGACACAGCAGAACUGUCCUGCAAGCUGAGCAGUGAGGACUGUCAGGGCGUCUGGUACAAAGAUGGGAAGCCUCUCACUUCUGGGGACGGCGUGACUAUAAUCAAGGACGGAGCCUGUCACAGGCUGGUCAUCCAGAAGUGCAGGCUGGACGAUGGAGCCGUGUAUCGCUUUGAGGCCGACGGACGGAAAUCUGAGGCCAGUCUCACCGUCCAGAACCCACCCGUCUUUGACCUGGACGCCCUGAGUAAAUUCUCGGAGCCGGUCAUCAUCAGAGCGGGUGAGACCGCAGAGUGGAAGCUGACCUUCUCUGGAGGAGAGCCCAUGAAGAUCCAGUGGCUGAAGGAUGAUGAGGAGCUGAUGAACGGCCUCAACGUGAAGCUGGCCUCGUCGCCCACUCACACUGGGCUUCACCUCACCAAGUGUCAGAGGAAGGACAGCGGUGUGGUCACACUCAAAAUUAAAAACGAGUUUGGAUCGAUGGAGGCCACCUCCAAACUUAUCGUCCUGGACAAACCCACACCACCACAAGGGCCUGUGGACAUUCUGGAAAGUGCCAUCACAUCCGUAGAGUUCAGAUGGAAACCUCCAAAGGAUAACGGGGGCUGUCCAGUGACCAACUACCUACUAGAGCGCCAGCAGGUGGGGCGGAACAAGUGGACGUCUCUGGGGGAGAUCCCGGGGGACCCCCCCAGUUACGGGGACAGAGAGGUGGACCCCGGGAGGAGGUACUGCUACCGUAUCAGAGCUAAGAAUGCAGAGGGCAUCAGCGACUUCCUGGAGACUGAAGAUAUCCAGGCUGGAGUUCUCUGUUAUCCUGGAUCCCCUUCUGCUCCCAAAGUGGUCAGCGCCUUCAAGGACUGCAUCAACCUGGCCUGGUCUCCUCCCUCCAACACUGGAGGCACCAACAUCCUGGGGUACAACUUGGAGAAACGCAAGAAAGGCAGCAAUCUGUGGAGCCCUGUCAAUAUCGGAGAGCCAAUAAAAGAAACACACUAUGCUGUGAAGGACGUACAGGAGGGAGCUGCAUAUGAGUUUCGAGUGACAGCUAUAAACCUCUCCGGUCUUGGAGAACCCAGUCCUCCCUCUGAAACUGUGUUCGCAAGAGACCCUAAGAAACCCCCUGGUAAAAUCCUAGACCUAAAGGUAACAUCCUCCAAUUACACAACGUUUUCUCUGGGUUGGACUAAACCAAAGGAGGUGAAAGGGGUGGAGGAUGAGGCCAAGGGCUACUUUGUGGAGAUCAGACCAAUAGAGAACCCUGAAUGGAUUCGCUGCAACACCAACUAUGUCACCCACACUUCCUUCACUGUGAUUGGUCUGAAGGCCAUGGCCAUGUACUGGGUGAGGGUGAUUGCGAUCAAUGACGGAGGAGAAGGGGAGCCUCAUGGCUUUGAUGAUUACAUCAUUGCAAUGCCCCCCCCUGUGAGGCCUAGAUUCACAGACAACAACAUGAAGAGCUUCAUGGUAGUGAAGGCUGGGAACACCGUACGUGUCAACAUCAACUUCGAGGCCUGUCCCUUGCCUGAAAUCGUCUGGCUGAAGGAUGGUGUUCCCGUCUCCAAACGGGUGACGGUCACCAACUCAAACCAAGGAUCCCAGCUGCUGAUCCCUACGUCUGAACGUACCGACACCGGCAUCUACACCAUCAUCGUCAAGAACCUGGUCGGACAGGAAACCUUCAAUGUUGAGAUCAGGGUCACGGACGACCCCAAGCCUCCAGGCCCAGUGGAGUUGGAGCAGAACGUCCCUGGAACCGUGACCGUGUCCUGGACUCCCUCCCCAGACGAGAAGAGAGACGACAGACUGCACUACAUGGUGUCCAAGAGAGACUCCAUCAAGCGCACCUGGAGGACUGUGGCCGACCGCCUCUUCAACAACAAGUGCACCAUCAUCAACAUCCUGCCUGGAAGGGAGUACUACUUCCGGGUGUUUGCCAAGAACGACAUGAGCCUCUCAGAGCCCAUUGAGUCUCCUACCUGGGGAACCCAGAACAGGAGAGAGAAGUUCAUCCUGAGUCUCCCAGACUCAAAGGCCCGUGACUUCCAGACCCCCCCCUCAUUCCUGGUGCCCCUGAAACGACACACGUCUCCACAGGGAUACGAGUGCUACAUGAGCUGUGCUGUGAGAGGGGACCCCACGCCCCACGUCACAUGGUACAGGAACAACAUCAGCCUCAACACCAACACCAACUACUACAUCUCCAACACCUGUGGGGUUUGUUCCAUGCUCAUCCUGAGGGUCGGACCCAAAGACACCGGAGAGUACACGGUUGUUGCUGAUAAUCCUUUGGGAAGGGCAGAGUGCUCCACUAAACUCAUAGUUAAAGAGUGA